AUGGCUCAAUACCUCACCACAAAAGCGGAGAAUGUUCUCAAGCGAACAGCUGAUUACAUUCAAUCCGACCAAUUAAACAUGGCCUUCUUGGAGUUGGGUACAAUUGUAUCUAAAUUUGGUCGUCAGAUUAAAACAUGGCACGAAAUUUAUGAAGAUGUUGCCAAACGAUUUAUCAAAGUCUCCGUAGAGUUGAGAAAGGGACAAGAAAUCAAGUCUAUCCUCUCCUCAUACCGAAACUUGUGUCAAGCCAGUGAACUUAAAUCAUUUGCCAAUGUUGUUCUUUUAUAUUUGGACCAGGCUGAAAAGAGGGCCCAAAAGGCAAUUGAAAAAUCAAAGAGCAAAUCUGUAGCCCUUGAUUUGGAGAAUGAAGUCCCAGAAAACGUUUUACUCAGCGAUGUUUCCGGUGAAGAUUUGAAAGAUAGAACCGACCGUGAAUUUGUUACUCCAUGGAUGAGAUUCUUAUGGGAAACCUACAGAGUAGUCUUGGAGCUUUUGAAGAGUACAAAGGAACCACAACUUGAAGCUGUUUAUCAUGAAACUUGUAAAAGAGCAUUUGAAUUCUGUCAAAAAUACGAGAGAAAGAACGAAUUCAAGAGACUUUCAGAUCUUUUACGUACUCAUGUGAAGGGCAUUGAGUUGACUUCGUAUGAAAGCAUUGAACACUAUCUUUCUGCUCGCUUUUUCCAAUUAACAGUUGCCAUGAAACUUGAUUUAUGGCAAGAUGCAUUCAAGAGCAUUGAAGAUAUCUACUAUUUGAUUUCAACCUCAAAAGAUGUGGUUAUUCCUGCUGAACAACUUUUGAAUUAUUAUGAGCAAUUAACCAAAAUCUUCUGGAACUCUAAACACUACAUCCUUCAUGCAUAUGCUCAAUAUAAGGCUUUUGGUAUUAACAGAAACAUUGCCAAUCAAACCAAAUUACAAGAAUCAGCCACUAAUUUAUUACUUUCCACCCUCACCACACCAUCCAAUGAUCAGACAGAGACCAUUCCUACAGACUUUGUUUCUGUGAGAAAUGAAAGAAGACUGGUCACUCUUCUUGGCUUGAGUGCUCCUCCAAGCAAACAACUUCUUGUUUCAGAAUUGGCCGCCAAGAAUGUCACACAAUUGAUAUAUCCUGAGUUGAAGGAUCUUUACAAAAUCUUUGAAGUCGAUUUCAACCCACUCAAGAUGUGUGAAAGAAUGAAGCCAAUUUUGGAAUUUGUUAAAUCCCGAGAGGAUUUGACUGUCUACUAUGAGCCACUCAAACAAAUGACUAUUACCAAGUUGUUAGAACAACUCUCAAAGGUCUUCCAAACUAUCAAGAUUGAAACUGUUUCAAAGCUUGCAGAUUUUGUUAGCCUUAUUCAACUUGAGAAGAUUCUUGUUCAAAAUGCUAGCUUGGGCAAAAUACAAGCUAGUAUUGACCACGGAAAGGGAGUAUUAGUCUUUGGUAAAUCUCCAAAAUCAUUUGAUGCCAGCGACGUUCAAAAGCAAAUCUCUGCAUUUGGAAAGAGAAUUCAUGACGUUGUUGACUUGAUUCAUCCUGAAAGAAAGAAGGAGAAGGAAGAGAGACGAAAGAAGCUCAUUACUGAAAUUUCCAAGAAGAUUUCUCCAGAAAUUGAGCAAAUUUCCUUCAGAAAUGACUUUAUUAGAAUGAAGAAGUUGUGGUACGAACAAGAGCAAAAGAGAGCUUUGGAAAAGGCUGAAGAAAGAAAGGUUGAGUUAGCCAGAUUAGCCGAAUUGGAAGAAGAAAGAAUGGCUCAACUCGAAGCUAAGAACAGAGAAGAGGAAAAGAAGAGAAGAGAAAAGAAGAUUGCCGAAGAAAAGAAGAAGAAGGAAAUUAUUGACCAAAUCACCAAUAAUAAUGUCAAGGCACAACAAGAUUUGCUAAAGAUUGCUAACAAAUCUUUGAAGAAGAAGAUUACCUCAUUGCUUGAAUUGGAAAUUGAUGACAUUAUUGAAUUGAAGAGAGGUGAAAUUCAACGUGAAAAGAAGGAAAAGGAGAAGAAGCUCCUCGAAAAGGCUAAAGCUUUGGACUACUUGGAAAUCACUCGUCGUGAAGUUGAAAUGCCAGUCUUUGAUGAUUACAACAAGAAGCAACAAGCUUUGAACAAGGAGGCAUUUGAAAACUACUUGAACAAACAAAAUCAAGAUCUUCAAAAGGAGUUAUCUGAAAUGAAGCAAAAGAAGCAAGAAUUUAGCAAAUACUUUGUUGAUCAAAAGGCAUUCUUGGACAAGUUUGUAUUAAAAUCAAGAAGAGAAGAGUAUGAGAAAUUAAAACAAGAACAAGAUGAAAGAAAGAGAGUAAAGAAAGAACAAUGGGAAGCUAAACGUAAAGCCCUCUUGGAAGAACGAGAGAAGAAGAGAAAGGAAGAAGAAGAGAGAAGAAAGAAAGACGAAGAGGAAAGAGAACGUAAGAAGAAGGAAGAAGAGGAGCUCAGAAAAAAGAGAGAGGAAGAAAGAGAAAGAGAGCGCAAGAAGAGAGAAGAACAAGAAGAAAUUCAACGCAAGAAGGAAGAAGAAUUUUACAGAAAGCAAAAAGAAAAAGAAAUGGAGCUCGACAAGAAGCUUAAGGAACAACAACCUCAAGCUCAAAAGGGUAGAUGGGACAAUUUGGACUCGGAGUCUUCUUCUUCUCCAUUCGGAAAGGGUUCAGACAAGCGCGCAUCAUUUGGUAGUGCCUUUGGUGGAGGUGGUUUUGGCAAGACAGGUGGUCGUGGUGGAGGCAGAGGAGGUGGUAGUAGUUCAAGUAGUGGUGGUGGUGACGAUGCCUUUUCAGCAUUCUCUUCGUCUAAGGGACGUGGAGGAGGUAGAGGCGGCUCAAGACAAUAA